AGCUGAGCCAUCUGAUCAGACGGCGCAGUAGACAGCACGUCGCCCAUGCUGGCCAGCCGCAGCGUUCAGCUGCAGCAUGGCCCCAACACACAUAUAGGAUACAAGGCUUGAGGCGCAGGUAGUCCGUCAUCCUAGUCCCGCAGGAACUCGCAAUGCAGCAGUUUCCUUCUCAUGCAACUGCACCAAGCAGUUGCCGAGCACCCUCAUUGUCAAUGCACAUGCAUAUGUUGAAGCACUGAUCACCUCCAUUGGCUACAGCCAGCUACAUGCAGGCGUCACAUGUUGGUAGCUGCGGUCAGGUAAUCAGGCUCUUCAGUAGAAGGUCAUAUUUAGACGUCUUUCUAGGGCCAGGGUGCAAUACUAGAACCUUGGUGAGGACCAGCUCUGGAAGAGUUGUGUGCAUGAGCACAAUGAAAGUGUUUGUGACAGGCGCGUCUGGGUUCAUUGGGACGCAGCUGACCCCCUUCCUCAGGUACCAUGGGGACUCGGUGGUGGCCCUGUCGCGCAGCUCGGCUGCCGAUGAGAAGAUCAGGAAGGCCAGCGAUGUGGUCCCCACCAAAGGCCUGCCACCAAACGGCAAGCGGCCGGAGGUGGGGACUGUUGAGAUUGUGCGAGGGGACUUGACAGCGGAAGAUGUGCUUAAAAAAGGCAUGCAGGGGUGUGACGUCGUCAUUCACGCUGCCGCCAAGAUCGACGGCUGGGGCCCCUACUCUGAUUUCCAAAAGAUUACGGUGGAGGGCACCAGGAACACUCUGGCGGCGGCAAGGGCUGCGGGGGUGGCCCAGUUCGUGUUCAUCAGCUCGGAAGCAGUCCUGGUCAAGGCCGAUGGUUCCAUUGGGUCGGUGGACGAGACCACCCCCGUGGAUCCUCCCCCCUGGGCCCCCUACUCCCGGAGCAAAGCCGAGGCGGAGAAGCUCGUGCUGCAGGCCAACUCGCCGCCCGACUUUGAAACGGUGGUGGUGCGACCGCGCUUUGUGUGGGGCCGGGGCGACAGCGUGAUGCGGCCGACGCUGACGCAGCAGUUCAACGACGGGUCGUGGCGCUGGAUCACGCCCCUCGCCGUCUCCUCCACCAGCCACGUCAUCAACGUCUGCCACGCGCUGCGCCUGGCGGCACAGGCACGGGGCAGAGGCGGGCAGGUAUACUUCGUGACGGACGGCCCUCCCCGGCUGCUCAAGGACUUUUUGCUGCAGUACGUGGCCUCUCAGCCGGGCGUGAAGCAGCCCACGGCGACCGUGCCCUUCUGGCUGCUCUGGUACCGCGAGUCCGCCCUGGAAAACGUGCCGCUGCUAGGAUACGGAGUCACGAGGGAACCGCUGAUCGGCCGGCAGGACCUGGCGCUCAUCGGACGGGACGUUCGGAUAGACGACUCCAAGAUCCGGAGGGAGCUUGGGUACGAGCCGGUCGUGAGCGUUGAGGAGGGCGUCGAGGAUGCGAAUGCGUAGCUCGCAACUCGGAUGCCUUGAAAAGUGAUAAUGUGAAAAUCGGUUGAUGGUUUACAAGCCCACUGUACCAGUAUCUAAGGAAAGAAAAGAUCCUUCACCUAUUGAAGCUGGACGUUGCUUCCAAUAUAACCUUCAUCCUGGCGGUGUACAGCAUAGGGCAAGGACGGCUGCAAGCAAAGUCUGCUAGUCUGUUCUUAGUUUGUCUCAUGUGAUCCUGACGCGACUGAGUACAUCGUCAUAUGAAACCUACAAAAGCGUACAGAGU